ACCCAUUCAACCAGCGUAUUCUGUAUUUGUGGUGUUCGAGAUGAUAUUUUCUAUGUUCUCAAUAGACAGUUUAAUGCUUUGAAUCCGUUCAAAAUAAAAUUUCGCUGCAGAAGUGAGAUGGCGAUUGUUAGCAACAAUUUAGCACAUUGCAGCUUUUGCUCUGUUAUAUGCAAUGAGAAAUUUCAUCACACGCUGAUCCCCACUCACGAUCAAGAACAGAAACUAGAAACCAUCCUACAGAAGUUGAGCAGGUUCACCUCCCAGUUGACCAGCUAUCCUACGUGCAACAAAUGCCGUCAAGAAUUCAUAAGCCUCCAUAAUGUUCCUGAAAGCAGCUUCCAAAUUUUGCCCAACGCUGAACUGGCUGUCAUUAAGAUGGAACCAGAAUUGAUGAUUGAUGACCACGAGCUGUCGGAUAAUGAUAACAUUCUUGGAACAGACCCAACAGCGGACUUUAUGCCAAUUGAACAGAAAGCCGAAAUGCAAAUCAAGGUAGGAAACGACGCUGAUGGUCGUCCCUAUUCCUGUCCACAUUGUUCGAAGUCGUUCAGGCAAUCUUCAACGUUAAAACAGCACAUUCGGACCCACACGGAUAGACGUCCCUUUGCUUGUCCGCAUUGUUCGAAGGCGUUUAAGAAUAAUUCAGCACUAACACAGCACAUUCGAAUACAUACAGGAGAACGUCUUCAUUCUUGUCCACAUUGUCCGAAAGCGUUCAAGAGGUUAUCAGGACUCACAGAGCACAUUCGAACUCAUACAGAUGAACGUCCCUUUCAUUGUCCUCAUUGUCCAAAUGCGUUUAAGAAUCAUUCAUCCCUAAUACAGCACAUUCGAAUUCAUACAGGUGAACGUCCUCAUUCUUGUCCUCACUGUCCAAAGGCGUUCAGGAAUCCUUCAGCGUGUCGAUUUCACAUUCUAACUCACACGGGUGAACGUCCCUAUCCUUGUCCACAUUGUUCGAAAACGUUCACGAAUUAUAGAGUGCUUCGACAGCACAUUCAUAGGAUCCAUAGGUUUGCGAGUAUUGUUAGCGAUUCAAACCAGUCGUAUCACUUCACCGUGCACAACCAGUUCGAUGCAGAAACAGGUGGCUCGGAGCAAAAAUCAGAGGUUACCGCAGGGAAUAUAGGGUAGAUAGAGGCAAUAUGACCAGGCGGGGCGAAAUGGGCCACCCUCCGUUUGGGUUUUUUAUUGGCAAUAACACUAAUGUUCGAACAAUUAUGUUAGUAAUACUCUGAUUAAGUAUCUGCGUGAAAACCGUACACAGAUUCAGUUGUUUUAUAAAGAUAUUGAAAGAAAUCUCACAUUGACUGAUUAUCACGAAAAACAUGAAAAAGCAGUCAGCAAAAUAAGCUCUGUAUGCUUCAUACUGAAAUAAAAGACUCUGCUCUUUAUAUCAGUUCGUACCGGUAUUAUUUCUGAACAUUUCCACUGAUUUAUUGCGUUGCUUUGCCGUUUUAUGUAAAAUAUCAGCUCAUUUAUACUGAGCGUAAAUGUACGGGGCGGAAUGGGCAUACCUGCUUGAGCCAAUAUGAUCAGGUAUUUUUCAACAUAACCUGUAAAUACAGCUGUCAAAAGUUGUAAACAUAGUUGGAAAUAGUUAGAUGUGAAAUCAUGAUGCGGAAUUAUACCAGAACAUCCGAACAUACAAAGUGGUCACAAACCAGUCUGAACGUGGCCAUCGAAGCAAUGAAGAGUGGUACGUCAGUGCGACACUCAGCCUUGCAUUGUGUCCCGCGAGAAACACUUAACACUCCUAUACUCGUGCAUUAGUCUGUCAGACCGAGAAAUCAAUAAUUCGUUCAUUUCUCAGAAAAUAUAAACACUACGACUUUGCGAUUCUCUUUAGCUUCGUUAUUCGUCGUUCGUCAUCGUUUAGCGUAUCGCAUGUACAAAGGGGACGUGUGCCACUUUUAACACUUUCGGUCUGACACACCGACGCGAGUAUAGAAGUAACUUUUUUGGACAAGUGCCUUUUUUCAUAUUCUUGAAUAUUGUUGGAUGAAAUGUAUAAAUUAAUGUUAGUGGCGUGGAAUAUUUAUUGCAUAUAAUGCAUAAGACCAUCACCGGACUAUUCUUAUUUGAUUCCAGUCCUUUUUGUAACUGGAUUGAACGGAUCCAUAUAUUAAUUAUUCGUCGUUAGAUUCAUACAUUCAAAAGCAAAAUAUAAAUGUUUGACUUUCGUAUAGUUAUUCGCUAAAUAUAAUGAUCAUACAUAUACACACUUGUGAAAGAAUUUCACUUGUGGAAUAAGUGUAAACAGUAAACUAUAAACUAAUCGGUGGCUUAUGCUAAUUAUUAACAGUUACAGUUUCGGGGAUAUUGUUUUAUAAUGGACAAUAUCGACAAGAAAACAAGAAAAAGAAAAGGAAGUUCCUAGAAAUCUUUUUAUAUCAUUUUUCAUGCCCCAUCUAAAAAAAGGCAUUAAUUAAAAAAAUAAAAAUUAGUUUACCAAGAAUACAGAGACAAAGAAUAUUAGAAAUAUGCUAACUUUAUAUUCCAGAACCUUUAUCAUCUGGUGAUUGUCUAGAAGGUCGUUCAUGCUCAUACAUUCUUCUCUUUGACAAAAUACCCGAAAAAUACGCAACAACUGCAUGAAAUGUAAAAAAUAUGUUUGUUUCGGGCAUGCAGUUAUGCUAUGUUCUGAUUCUUACUCCAAUGAAACCACAAUCGAUUAAUACGUUUUUAUGUUUUAUAGCUCUUUAUACAUCCAUGAAUUAUAUUCAGUUGCUUUCUUUUAAUUAAUAACAGUGAAAAAUUCGAAU